AUGAAACCACCAGAUCAAACACUUCCAGACGUUUACAUCCUAGAGGGAACCGCAAAUAUUUUAGAUGUUCAAGAUAAGAAUGUUCUGCUGGCUCACGAAUACGGAAAGGAAGGAAAUCGAGAUUUGCAGCAAGCUAUCUUGAAUCUGGGUUACCCUCGUGCCGAAAUCAUCAAAAUCACACUCGCAUCGUAUAGACACGACCUCGAUAAACACUUUACCAAACCACAUUAUGAUACGCCCGCCCCCAUAUGCUUCUGUCUCUGCGAUGGAACCGAAGAUGAUCACUAUCCUGGUCUGUCCGUUGUGACGAGGCUAGAAGAGAAGGGAAUUCCUUUUACUGGAUCUGGAUCAAGAUUUUAUUAUAACACGACCUCUAAAAUUACUCUGAAACCAAUGCUGCAAGCUCACAAUGUACCAACAAGUCCGUUUGUGGAAAUCAACAAGGAGAGUGCCAAAUGUGAUUUGGAAAAGGCAGCUUCAAUCAUUGGCUGGCCGAUGAUCGUGAAACCGGACGUCUCAUACGGAUCUCUAUGUAUAAGUGAAAGCUCAGUGUGCGAAACGCUGGAUCAAGCACUGAAACAGGUCUCUUGUGUGUUUGCCCAGACUGGACACGGUGUCUUUGUCGAAAAAUUCCUAGGUGGCCGCGAGUACACUGCACUCUGCUCAGGAGACGUAGAAUACGGCGUUAAAGUAUACGUCGUUGCAGAAAGGGUCUUUAACAAAUCGCUAUCCAAGUAUCAGAGACUGCUAGCGUUUGCCAAAUAUUGGGAAGGCUAUGAUCUUGAAGGAAAUAUGCCAGCUCAGGGUGAAAAUCAACUGUAUUCGUAUGAUGCAGCUCCGGAAGCCUGGCAAGCCACGCUUCAGGAUAUUGCACGGAGAGCAUACAUUGCUACUGGCGGUGACGGGUAUGGGCGCGUCGAUAUGAGGAGUGUAGAUAUGGAUGAUCCAAGCGCGUAUGUGUUGGAAGUUAACUCGAAUUGUGGGCUAUCAUUUAAACAAGGAACAUCGUCUCUUGGAGACAUAUUGCAUCUGUCGAAAGUCUCGCCUGAGGAAUUCGUGCAGGAUCUUCUGGACUUUGCAGUGGCUCGUAAUAAACGACCGAAGCGGACUUGCAUGUGA